UUCUGUGCUUGUGGCGGCUCGCGCCCCGGGGUCCUGGUUUGCGCUGAACUGGGCGGGCAGCCAGGACCUGCCCCGGGUGUCGCGCUCCGCUGCGGCCGCGCUCCGGCUGCCCGGCGGGGUACGCCCGCCUCCGACUCCUCGCAGAGGCUUCUUAGGUCGGGCGAAGCCGAAGUUCUGCAGGAUCCCCUUCCGUCCUGGGACAGUCCAGUUGCACGCACUCUGGUUGGAGUGCGUGCACAUGGUCCCGGCAGGCGGUGCCCUCGGGAGGCUCCCCACGGGAAAAGGUGGACUACUAGGUUUAGAGACAAGCUUCCUCUUGGGAGCUGAAGUCACAACCCCAGCGAGGCCUCUCUCCUCCCACACUCCCUCUGUCCUUCAGCCUGCGGGAACCUGAGCCGCAGAGGGCCUAGACGAUCGUGGAGGAUGAAGAAAUAGCCUUGGGACCCUUGGAAAAUGAGGCCGACGCCCCUGCUGCACCUGGCGCUGCUUCUUGCCCUGCCCAGUACCCUGGCAGGGAAAGGAUGUCUGUCUCCCCCCUGCGAGUGCCACCAGGAGGAUGACUUCAGAGUCACCUGCAAAGAUAUCCACCGCAUCCCCAGCCUGCCGCCCAGCACGCAGACUCUGAAGUUUACAGAGACUCAUCUGAAAACCAUUCCCAGUCAUGCAUUUUCAAAUCUGCCCAAUAUUUCCAGGAUCUACUUGUCAAUAGAUGCAACUCUGCAGCGGCUGGAAUCACAUUCCUUCUACAAUUUGAGUAAAAUGACUCAUAUAGAGAUUCGGAAUACCAGAAGCUUAACUUCCAUAGACCCUGAUGCCCUAAAAGAGCUCCCCCUCUUGAAGUUCCUUGGCAUUUUCAACACUGGACUUGGAGUAUUCCCUGACCUGACCAAAGUUUAUUCCAUUGAUGUAUUCUUUAUACUUGAAAUCACAGACAACCCUUACAUGACUUCCAUCCCUGCCAAUGCUUUCCAGGGGCUCUGCAAUGAAACCCUGACACUGAAAUUAUACAACAAUGGAUUUACUUCAAUCCAAGGACAUGCUUUCAAUGGGACAAAGCUGGAUGCUGUUUACCUGAACAAGAAUAAAUACUUGACAGCUAUUGACAAGGAUGCAUUUGGAGGAGUGUACAGUGGACCAACCUUGCUAAAGAAUUUAAAGACCAAUGAUGAAGACCACAACCACUCAAAUUGGAGAUCGGCUACAAGGGACGUCUCUUACACCAGCGUCGCUGCCCUGCCAUCCAAAGGCCUGGAGAACCUGAAGGAACUGAUCGCAAGAAACACGUGGACUCUAAAGAAGCUUCCACUUUCCUUGAGUGUCCUUCACCUUACACGGGCUGACCUUUCGUAUCCAAGCCACUGCUGUGCUUUUAAGAAUCAGAAGAAAAUCAGAGGAAUCCUUGAGUCCUUAAUGUGUAAUGAGAGCAGUAUUCGGAGCUUGCGUCAGAGAAAAUCUGUGAAUGCUUUGAAUGGCCCCUUUGACCAGGAGUAUGAAGAGUAUUUGGGUGACAGCCAUGCCGGAUACAAGGACAACUCUAAGUUCCAGGAUACCCACAGCAACUCUCAUUAUUAUGUCUUCCUUGAAGAACAAGAAGAUGAGAUCCUCGGUUUUGGCCAGGAGCUAAAAAAUCCACAGGAAGAGACCCUACAGGCCUUUGAUAGCCAUUAUGACUACACUGUAUGUGGGGGCAAUGAAGACAUGGUGUGUACCCCCAAGUCAGAUGAGUUCAACCCCUGCGAAGACAUAAUGGGCUAUAAGUUCCUGAGAAUCGUGGUGUGGUUUGUGAGUCUCCUGGCUCUCCUGGGCAAUGUCUUUGUCCUGAUAGUCCUCCUCACCAGCCACUACAAACUCACUGUCCCACGCUUUCUCAUGUGCAACUUGGCCUUUGCAGAUUUCUGCAUGGGGAUGUAUCUGCUCCUCAUCGCCUCUGUAGACCUCUACACUCAUUCUGAGUACUACAACCACGCCAUCGACUGGCAGACAGGCCCUGGAUGUAACACAGCUGGCUUCUUCACUGUCUUUGCCAGUGAAUUGUCAGUGUAUACACUGACAGUCAUCACCCUGGAGCGCUGGUAUGCCAUUACCUUUGCCAUGCGCCUGGACCGGAAGAUCCGCCUCAGGCAUGCGUAUGCCAUCAUGGUUGGGGGCUGGGUUUGCUGCUUCCUGCUCGCCCUGCUCCCUUUGGUGGGAAUAAGCAGCUAUGCCAAAGUCAGCAUCUGUCUGCCCAUGGAUACUGAGACACCUCUUUCCCUGGCAUAUAUUAUCCUUGUUCUGAUGCUCAACAUAGUUGCAUUUAUCAUUGUCUGCUCCUGUUACGUGAAGAUCUACAUCACAGUCCGAAAUCCCCAGUACAACCCGGGGGACAAAGACACCAAAAUUGCCAAAAGGAUGGCUGUGUUGAUCUUCACUGACUUCAUGUGCAUGGCCCCAAUAUCAUUCUAUGCUUUGUCGGCACUGGUGAACAAGCCUCUCAUCACAGUUACCAACUCCAAAAUCUUGCUGGUUCUCUUCUAUCCACUUAACUCUUGUGCCAAUCCAUUUCUCUAUGCUAUUUUCACAAAGGCCUUCCAGAGGGAUGUAUUUAUCCUGCUCAGCAAGUUUGGUAUCUGUAAACGUCAGGCCCAGGCAUACCGGGGCCAGAGGGUUUCUCCAAAGAACAGUACCGGCAUUCAGGUCCAAAAGGUUACCCGGGACAUGAGGCAAAGUCUCCCUAACAUGCAGGAUGACUACGAACUGCUUGAAAACUCCCAUCUAAACCCAAAUAAGCAGGGUCAAAUCCCAAAAGAGUAUAACCAAACAGUUUUAUAAGCUAACCCUACCCUAGUUGCAGUGGUAGGGGGAUUUCUAAAAGGCUGGUUUCUUGAACAUGUAUUCCAAACCCAUUACAUACACCAGACAGCUGGCCUAACGCUUGUGCAGGUGAUGUUUCAUGGGGAGAAAGUUCAUCUCUGGAGAGAGGAUAGCAUUACCAACUAAUCAUUACCUCCCAGAAGGAAAAGAUACUACCAGCACGUCUGAAUCCCAGUUGAUAUCAAAAUAACUGAUACUUUCUAGAAGGCUUGCUUGAUGCUAACUGCAGUGACAACAUUGUAUAAGAUGCUCAAUAGAUAUCAGCUGAAGCAGAUCAACACUGAGCUUCUCACCUGUAGACAGUAUUUCAUACUAAAGAUUCAGUAAAUGGCAAAUGCUAUUAACUUAGUUGGUGAACACAAGAUAAAAUUGGCCCCAUGUUGGCUUGGUCUACCUUCAUGUUCCUGGAUACAACCAAAGACAAUGUGAAUUCCUCGAAACUGAGAAGUCCAACAGGAUACACACAUGGAGUAGCUGAUAUGAGGUGAAGGAGGGGAAAGGCUUAGCUUUGCGUUGUUUUUUCAAACUCUGAAACUAUUAAUCAUCUCUUCACAAGGAUCUACCUGAUGUGACCCAACUAUUAUGUGUUUCCCGAAAAAAAAAAAAAAAA